UGGGACACGGGUUCUUUGGCUGGCAUGUAAAUCAGGAUAAUUGCAAAAAUAAAAUCUAGAAAACGUAGACGGCAGGAUUCGAACCUGCGCGGGCAAAGCCCACAUGAUUUCUAGUCAUGCCCGAUAACCACUCCGGCACGUCCACUUCACUUUGUUAAUGAUUUUACAUUUACAUAAUGUAAAUUAUAUGUUUAAAUUUGACUUACUGUAAUCUCUUGUUUAUUCUUAUUCUUCUAUCACCGCUUCAAAAAUCAGUAGCAUUGCAAUCAUCAUCAUCAUCCAUGGCUCCCAAAAGGGUUCUUCUCCUUUGCGGUGACUUCAUGGAAGACUAUGAAGCUAUGGUUCCUUUUCAGGCAUUGCAAGCAUUCGGUAUCACCGUCGAUGCUGUUUGUCCCGGUAAAAAAUCCGGUGAAGUCUGCCGCACCGCCGUCCAUAUGCUUUCCGGUGGACAGACAUAUACUGAGACAGUUGGUCACAAUUUUACACUGAAUGCAACUUUUGAUGAAAUUGAUCACACAAACUAUGAUGGGUUGUGGUUGCCGGGAGGAAGAGCGCCGGAGUAUCUUGCUCACAUUCCUAGUGUUGUGGAGCUGGUUGCCAAGUUUGUGAAUUCUGGAAAACAGAUUGCUUGCAUUUGUCAUGGCCUUUUGAUUCUGGCAGCUGCUGGUGUAGUUGAAGGUCGAAAGUGCACAGCUUUUCCUCCUGUCAAACCGGUAUUGGUUGCGGCUGGUGCUCAUUGGGUUGAACCUGAGACAAUGUCAACAACUGUGGUGGAUGGUAAUCUCAUUACUGCACCUACUUAUGAAGGGCAUCCGGAACUUCUUCAGCAUUUUCUAAAGGCAUUAGGAGGCAAAAUAAGUGGCUAUGAUAAAAAGAUUCUCUUUAUUUGCGGGGAUUACAUGGAAGAUUAUGAGGUUAAGGUUCCUUUUCAGUCUCUUGAGGCUUUAGGAUGCCAUGUUGAUGGAGUUUGCCCCUCAAAGAAGGCUGGGGACACUUGCCCAACUGCUGUUCAUGAUUUUGAAGGAGAUCAGACUUACAGUGAGAAGCCAGGACACAAUUUUGCUUUAACUGCGACCUUUGAUGACGUUGAUCCUUCAGCCUAUGAUGCUCUUGUCAUCCCUGGAGGUCGAUCACCUGAGUACUUGUCAUUGAAUGAGUCCGUUAUUUCCUUGGUGAAGCAUUUCAUGGAAGCCAAUAAGCCAGUUGCAUCAAUCUGCCAUGGCCAACAGAUUUUAGCUGCUGGUGGUCUUCUCAAGGGAAGGAAAUGUACUGCUUAUCCAGCUGUGAAGCUUAAUGUAGUUUUAUCCGGAGCAACAUGGCUGGAGCCUGACCCCAUAAGCCGCUGCUUCACUGAUGGGAAUUUGGUUACUGGAGCUGCAUGGCCAGGGCACCCUGAGUUCAUUGCCCAGUUGAUGGCACUACUCGGUAUUCAAGUAUCUUUCUAGUAGCCUUUUGUAAUGUAGUAUAUUAUAGUAUAAUAAUGAAUAAAAAUCACCACACUUGUCCAUUAUCAAUGGGCUCAACAUAAGUGGAGAUGUGUACUGUCACCAUGUUGAAUUUGAAGAACAUGUAAUGUGCUGAGCAUGCAAGCACUUUGAUGAAAGUGUCUCUUUUGGGUAUGAAUUAUUCUCUCUCCUAAUGAAGAGAUACAUUGUAUAUUUAUAUUACAAGAAAAAUAAAUAAGGAAAACUCCUUUGUAACAAA